GGUGUGCAAGGAUGGCAUUAAAAGGGGCUACUGAAGCAUCACAGAUUUCCUUUUUUCCUGGGAAUAUAGACAAGCAUUUGAACAGUCUCUCAGUCUAAUAUUUUUCUCCAAACUCUUGGCUAAGAACUUUUACUGAUAUUUAGAAAACUCUUAAGUGGUAAGACAAAAUGUUUUGUGAAGAUGGCCCUUGUGCUAUGAUUGUCCACUUGUGUGUGGGGUACAGAGUUUGGAAAUAAAUCUUAAACUGAGAGAAAGGGCGGGGUUGACCUUGUUGCUAUGAAAUAUGUCAACAAGCUUACUAACUUUGACCCAAGUGAUUUCAUCAACGAUGGUAUCAUGUUGCCAUUUUCAAAUAAUAUUUUCAUUUUGCCUUUCAAGGGAUGUGUAUAAAUGAUAUUUAUUGAAGUGUAUUUAUGGCAAAAAAUAUAUAAUCCUGCCCUAUGUUAAAGUGUGCUUACUCAGAAUUUUAUCAUGUAUAUCGGGUGUUCUCAUAAACACUUUCUCCAUUUGCAGAAGCUUGAUGUGGACUCCCUGAACAAUGAAUCUAAGAGGUAUAUGGAGAAACUCAUCAAACUUGGCAAAAGGAAUGGUCUCCAUCUGCCCAAGGAGACACAAAAUAUGAUCAAGAAUAUAAAGAAAAAACUGAGUAACCUAUGUAUUGACUUCAACAAGCAUUUAAAUGAGGACACCACUAGCUUGGCUUUCACCAGAGAAGAGUUAGGUGGUCUCCCUGAGGAUUUCCUGAGCUCGUUGGAGAAGGACGGAGAGGACAAGCUGAAGAUCACCCUAAAGUACCCCCACUACUUUCCUACCAUGAAGAAGUGCUUUGUUCCAGAGACCCGCAAAAAGUUGGAGGAGGCCUUCAACUCUCGCUGCAAAGAGGUGAGGUGGGUUAGAGGCUAAAUUAACAAAAUGUUCAAGUUCAAGUCUUUUAUU